CUCUCUCUCUCUCUCUCUCUCUCUCUGACACACACACACACACACGCGCGCGCACACUGGGAAAGCUACAGGUGUAUGCGGAAGUGUAAACAGAAAUAAUGGACGCAGUUGUGACUUGACAGAAGACUUGUUGAGCUGUUGUGUCGGUGAGAGUCAGUACUGUACAGUACUAUCCGUCUACACUUGCGUUUAAAACCAUGGAAAUUCCUGCAGUACCUCUGCUCCUCUGUGUACUGCUAUAUUACACCGCGUUUGCAGAUGAGCAGCUUAUAAUAACCGCAGAGCUAAACAAGAAAAUUUCGCUACCAUGUCUCGAACGACCCGCCAAUACCACCUUCAACUUGACCCACUGGUUUAAGGGUGGGUCGAUUUUAACCACCCGUAACCACUCUAAACCAGUGUCCUCGGCUCAUGUAUCCGUACAGAACGACAGCAGCUUAUUCAUCGGGCAUGUAAUGCUUAUAGACGAAGAGGUGUAUCAGUGUGACCCCCAGCCAAGGAGCAGCAAUUCAUCUCGUAAAAUUUUUCUACAGGUCACAGGUGACCCAAAAUUUGUACAGAUGAAUGUGACGGCAGCGACGUCUCUCGGAAACGGAACAUGGUUCGUCAAAAGAGGCUCAGACGUUUCUAUUAAUUGCAAGUCGUCCCCCAUGCUAAACCUAACGAUGACUUUUAAAGGCAUUAAUCAGAGUGAGUUCAGGAGAGGAUAUCGUAAUGGCAAGACACUGGACUUUAACAUCCAGAACGUUCAGCCUGAGGAACAGGGAAACUACACAUGCAACGCGCAGAACCUUCUGUCCACGAACAGGUCAAAUCAGACCGUGGAGCUGCUCGUCUACUAUGCUUCAGAAAAACAUCCAGACUGCAUUUGGCACCCGACUGCUCAGCCUGACCAUGUCUACUUUAACUGCUCCUGGAAGGGAUGUUACCCGGCCCCUACACUGAAGGUCCAUCUGGAGUCUAAAGAGGACUCAAAUUUCACGCUGAUCGGUUCACAGAUGACCGAGAACUUUGAGCUGAUUCUGAACAGGAGCAUGGUUUUUGAGGGACAGAGGAUCACAUGUGUGGGAGAGCACAUCGUACAAAAUCAGAGUGAUAAAAAAUUCUGCACCUUCACAAUAGAGCCUCCAUACCCAACAGGAAAUCCCAUGGUCGCUGCCCUGGAAGGUACCAACGUCACCCUGACAUGCAUCGAGGUCAAGUCUCUCCCUCCUGCUAAAACCGUAUGGCAGCGAGGAAUAAAACACAAUGCUAUCGAGCACGGCUUCAAGUACAUUCUGGGUGAACAGGGACCCUCUCGGACGCUAACCAUAGUCAACGUGAGCAAGGACGAUGAGGGCGUGUACUUCUGCCGGAGUGAAAACGUCUUGGCCGCGAGUGAGCUGGAGGUUUACCUUACUGUCAGAUCCUCUGGGGCUAAUUCUGGAGCUGUGGUCGGUGUCUUCAUCUCAUUGUUGAUUGUAGCAUCUGGAGUGGCGCUGGGCUACUUUUUGUACUCGCGUCGUGACCGGAUAUGCCUGGAUUUCCGAUGUGGUCAUUUACAGAGCGACAAUUCUGAUGUGAUGAGUCUGGUUGAAUCUGAUGAAGACGAGGUUUUCCAGAAUGCUGUACCGAGACUCCCUUCUUUGGUUAACGGUCACGGUCCAGCUCAGGCAACCACAUUAGUAGAAAUUCAUCGUAUACAGUCCAGUGAUCAUGAAGAUAAUGUGAACGGCACAGACCAGGAUCGGACACGGCUGGAUGAAAUAUAAUUGAAGGACUCCUGGACUAUUAAGAUUGUACAAAACUUUUUUUAUGUUUCUAUGUCCAGUGGGAUAUUUUAAGUGCAGGGAACUUAGUUUUAAAAUAUGUGCCUUAAACUGUAUGUUACUCUGAACAUGUAGAACACUACAUGUGAAUGUGAAUGUAAUUUUACUUGUGUUUACUUUACACUGUUCUAUUAUUUUUAUCAUAUUAUUCAUAUUCUGCACAUAGCCAACAUGUGCAAAACAUUAAGCAGUUUCUCAAGUAGUUUCACUUUUACGUGUUCUCAAUUAGCCAAGUGUUCUUUAAUGUCAAAAGUUUGUUUAUUUGGGGUUGAGAAAAAAUUGUGUGCAUUUAAUGCUGUUUAUAAGAAUUAAAAUUAACAAUACAAAAAUGGUAUAAUAAACUAUUAUUACAAA